AUGUAUGAAGUGUGUGACGUUAAAACGGUAUCCAACUACCUGCCGUCCAUCAGCUCCUCCGUCGCCCACGUGCCGGAGCGCUACAUUUGGCGUGUCUGCAUCGGGCUGCACUCGGCGCCGCGGUACCUGAUGUCCUUCGCGUACUUCAGCUUCUACCGUGGGCGCUUUAGUGGUCGGGAGCGGCUGCUGAGCGGGCUGGCGCUCCUCUGCGGCCUCGCCGAGAACACCGGCCUGCUGCUGCUCACAUACGUGUCGUCCAAAGAAAACCACCGUUACCAUGACAAUGGGUUCAGAGUGUUCACAGGGAGCUCGCUGGUGCACAUGCUCAUUACGUGCCGGCUGUGGUACGUGAUCAAGAGGAGCUUCGAGAGCGCAGAGGAGGACGCAUCCUAUCGCUGGAAGCUGCGUCUCUUCGUUUUAAACGCCACCUGUUGUUUGGCUUCCUACUUACUCUACGAACGCCACAACGACCGCUGUGAACCUGGAGGUAAGUCUCGGUCACGUUGAUAAACGGGUUCAGAGGGACUUCUGUCUGGAGGAGGUGCUGGUUCCAGUCUUUGAGACCAGAGACGUCCUCAGCCUCCCUGAGAACGUCUCUGUCAGACCUGCUGCUCUGUUAGUUUGGGGCUUGUUAGGCCUUAGCUGGGUUCCUCAGGGUGUCCUGUGGGUGGUGCAUCAGCAGUAUGAUGGGUAUCAGUUGAUACAACAGCAGCGAGUGCUUGCUUUGUAUUCCUGGUGUGUGUUGGACUCUCGCCUGCCUCUUUGCUCUCUACCCUCUCUGUCUUGGCUUCUGGAUUUCGGCAUACUGCUCUUUAUUUUCUUCAUAUUACGCUCAUCGGGUGGCUGUGCAUUAUUAACACAUGACCGGUAAACACUCCUAGACCUCAGUCUCUCCUGUUCACAUCGCUUCGAUCGAUGCCGCCCCACUACAACCAGACUCCCCCACUGGCCUCCCUGCCUACCCCCUUUCAUCCUGUAUAAACUGCUUGGCCACCGGUGGCUUUGCUCCGCCUCACAGCAAGCUUACCCAGCGCCUCCAGCGGCAUGCCUCCCUGCUCGGACCUGGAUCGCCUCGUACAGACGUGGUGUCACA